AUGCCGAAUCAAAAUUUAAUUGUGGAUAAAUCAUAUAGAAGGGGUGAUUACUGCGGCUUCACUGAACUGGAGCCUUCCCGUGCUCCUGCCAAGAUCCAAGGGCAGAGCAAAGAUACAAAACGAGGAGACGGACUGCGUAUCCCUGAACAUCAGCGGUUUGAUACGCACGGAGAAAGAACGCUUACACUACCGACAGAAGGAAGUUUCCUCUGUUCAAAGAGCACAGCCGCCCUCUGCAACAGCGACAAGUGGGAACCGCACCUGCCCGGCGCAGCCGAGCAGGCGGGAGCGGUGCAGGCAGCCAGAACCGGACUGAUGGCAGGCAGGGAGCGCCUGGCCGGCGCUGCCUGCAGCGCGGGCGGCCGCGGCGCGGAGAACCGGACGGGCACCGAGCCCCCGCUGCACCUUUUCCCCGCGCCCGUGCUCACCGGCAUCACCGUUGCCUGCGUCCUCCUCUUCGUCAUCGGGAUCAUCGGCAACCUCAUGACCAUGCUGGUGGUGUCGCGGUUCCGGGACAUGAGGACGACCACCAACUUCUACCUGUCCAGCAUGGCCUUCUCCGACCUGCUCAUCUUCCUCUGCAUGCCCCUGGACCUCUUCCGCCUCUGGCAGUACCGGCCCUGGAACUUCGGGGACCUCCUCUGCAAGCUCUUCCAGUUCGUCAGCGAGAGCUGCACCUACUCCACCAUCCUCAACAUCACCGCCCUCAGCGCGGAGCGAUACGUCGCCAUCUGUUUCCCGCUCCGAGCUAAAGUGAUCAUCACCAAGGGGAAGGUCAAGCUGGUCAUCCUCUUCCUCUGGGCCGUCUCCUUCAUUAGCGCCGGACCCAUCUUUGUCUUGGUGGGGGUCGAGCACGAGAACGGCACGAACCCCCUGAGCACCAACGAGUGCCGAGCCACGGAGUACGCCAUCCGCUCGGGGCUCCUCACCAUCAUGGUCUGGACCUCCAGCAUCUUCUUUUUCCUGCCCGUGUUUUGCCUGACCGUGCUGUACAGCCUCGUUGGGAGGAAGCUCUGGAGGAGAAAGAGGAAGAACAUCGGUCCAAACGCUGUCAUCAGGGAUAAGAACAACAAGCAAACUGUGAAAAUGUUAGUUGUGGUGGUAUUUGCUUUCAUACUCUGCUGGUUGCCUUUUCACGUAGGACGAUAUUUAUUUUCCAAAUCCUUUGAAGCUGGAUCCUUGGAGAUAGCAGUGAUCAGCCAGUACUGCAACUUGGUGUCCUUUGUCCUCUUCUACCUUAGCGCGGCCAUCAACCCCAUCCUCUACAACAUCAUGUCGAAGAAGUACCGAGUCGCCGCUUGCCGGCUGUUUGGACUCAAACCCCUUCCAAAGAAAAGACUCUCCGGCACAAAGCAAGAAAGUUCGCGUGUUUGGACAGAACCGAGCGUUAUCACAUGACACCUGAUUUCCGGCGCCAGAGCAUCACUUAGCAGUAUUUCCCAGAAAGCCAUAAUGAAAGAGAGAGAGGGCGAGAAACACAAAUCGGAACAAAGCUGUACUUUCGUCAUCGUCUGGAUUUGCUGAAAGAUGUAAUGUAGGCAGUUGAAGAUUUAAAAAAAAAAUAACUACACUUUGGGACUAUAAAAGGAGGCACAUGGUCACAGAAUUUGGCAACGCUCAAGUAUUAUUUUUCUGCUGCUUUUGCCCAUAUGA